UUGCGGCCGCAGCGCCCUCCGUUUGAAAAGUGUUCGGUUGGUGUGAAGUUACGGGGCCUCGACCGCCAUUGUUAAAAGGAGGCGUCCGAAAUGUUGCUAAAGGAGGAAUUUAGUGAUUAACGAAGAUUUUGUGGAAAAUUCGUGAGUAAAAACGAUCAAACAUGGCUCAGCGUGUGUCGGCAUCAGAUGGAGGAAACAAGAAGACGUCCAGGGUUCGAGUAGCGGUUCGUUUGCGACCCUAUAUGCUCAAACAAGACGAGAAAGAUGAAGGACCGUGUGUAAGAGGCCUGAACUCCCAGAACCUGGAAAUAAUCAACUGGAGAAAUGCUACAGAAACAGUCAAAUACCAUUUUGACGUUUUUCAUGAUAUGCAAACCACACAGCAAGAGGUUUUCCUCUCUUCAGUGAAGCCCAUUCUGCCACACAUACUGCAGGGACAAAAUGCCAGUGUUUUCGCUUAUGGGCCAACAGGAGCUGGUAAGACCCACACUAUGUUGGGCAGUCCAGACCAGCCAGGUGUGAUCCCUCGAGCAGUACGUGAAGUGUUUAAUUUGGUAAAAGCUAAGAAUGAGGAUGAAGGAUGGAAGUACAGCAUUGGGAUGUCGUAUCUGGAAAUUUACAACGAGAAGGUGCUCGAUCUUCUGUCGCCAAACUCCCAGGAUUUGCCAAUCAGAGAGGACAAGGACAAGAACAUCCUUAUCCCAGGCCUUACCCACACAACCAUCUCUUCUUUCUCUGAUUUUGACAAACACUUUGUUCCUGCCACCCUCAAUCGCACCACAGCUUCUACCAAACUAAACCAGCGCUCCAGCCGCAGCCACGCUAUCCUUCUCAUCAAGGUUGUACGGACUCAGAGUGCAGCGCCCCGCAGACAGCAGACGGGCAAGCUGUACUUGGUAGACUUGGCCGGGUCUGAGGACAACCGCCGUACCGGCAACCAGGGCAUCCGUCUGAAGGAGAGCGGAGCCAUCAACCUGUCUCUCUUCACACUCAGCAAAGUUGUGGACUCUCUUAACUCCGGAACUGCUAUCCGUGUGCCGUACAGAGACAGUAAACUGACACGGCUGCUGCAGGACUCUCUGGGUGGCUCGGCACACUCGGUCAUGAUCACCAAUAUCGCACCGGAGUUCAAAUAUUAUUUUGACACUUUUAGCGCUCUCAACUUUGCAGCAAAGUCCAAGCUGAUUGUGAACAAGCCCUUCACUCGUGAAACUGUGGCUGUGCCUCUACUGCCAGUGAAGCGGGCCAGAGAGGAACACGAAGCAGGGGGCUCUGGCACUGAGCCACACAAGAAGAGGCAGAAAGAUGAGAAGAAAACCCAGCAGGAAGGUUCCUCACCCUCUGCACAUCACCACAGUCUGUCAGAACCGUCAGUGAUGGACAGACUAAUAGCUUUGGAGAAGCUGAUGAUGAGCUGCCAGGACAAAGAUAGAACCAGCAUGCUAAAAGAUAUGGCCCAGUCUCGCAAAGAGAUCCAGGAGCUCAAAGAGAAGCAGAGGGAGUUUGAGAGCAAGGCCAAGCUAUUCAGUCAGCUGACUGGAGAAAAGUCGAUUACACAACAAGACCCCGUCUUCAAGAACAACACAGCUCCCCUACAGAAAAAACAGUCAAAUGCCAUGAAGCCCAGGAAGCAGCAGGCGGUGGUCCAACCCCUGCAAGUGUCCCAGCUCCAGCCUCUUCAGCAGCUUGCAGUCGCCAAAAAACAGUCCGUCUGUGUCAAGAAGAAAGAGAAGAAGCUUUCAGACCUGGUUGAGUCCCCAAAUGGUAAAGAGAACAUGAAGGAGAAUACCUGGGAGUCUCAGCUUGACACGUCUGUGCUGGAGCAGUCCAGACAGAAAAUCCUGCAAGUUUUAAACACCGGGUGCCUCAAAGAGCUCAAAGGUCUGCAGCAGAUCGGUGACAAGAAGGCCAAACUCAUCCUGGGCUGGAGGGAGAUCCAUGGUCACUUCACAAAGUUGGAAGAUCUUAUAAAAGUUGAGGGGAUGACAGAAAAGAGGUUUUCCUCCUUUAUGAAGGCUAACAUCCUGAGCGCCAUGGGAAAAUGAUUUUAAGUCUGAUUAUUGUACUCAAACCCAUGCAAUGUACAUACUUUUUAUCUGAAAUCCCGUGUUUGUGUUUUUAUGCUUGGUUUUAUUUUGUUUUUGUAGUUACUUCUGUGCUCCAAUUGGUGGCGCAGCACUGCUUUUUAAUAAAAACCUUAUGUUAUUAAA